AUUGAUUCAGAUUACAAUGUCAUUCAAGUUGUUAUACUAGUUCCAACAAGAGAACUAGCACUUCAGACAUCCCAAGUCUGUAAGGAACUGGGAAAACACUUGAAUAUUCAGGUAAUGGCUAGCACUGGAGGAACCAGUCUCAGGGAUGAUAUAAUGAGAUUGCAUCAACCUGUACAUUUACUUGUUGGAACUCCUGGAAGAAUACUUGAUCUCACCAAAAAAGGGAUAUGCAAUUUGAAGAAUUCGUCAGUGCUUGUUAUGGAUGAGGCUGAUAAGCUCUUAUCCCCCGAAUAUCAACCCUCAGUUGAGCAGCUGAUCACCUUUCUUCCUCCCAACCGGCAAAUGUUGAUGUACUCAGCUACAUUUCCAGUAACUGUGAAAGAUUUUAAAGACAGAUAUUUGAGAAAGCCCUAUAUCAUCAAUCUGAUGGAUGAGCUCACACUAAAAGGUAUCACCCACUAUUAUGCUUUUGUAGAAGAAAGACAGAAAGUUCACUGCCUGAAUACGCUUUUCUCUAAGCUGCAAAUCAACCAGUCAAUAAUCUUUUGCAAUUCUGUGAAUCGAGUGGAAAUGCUGGCCAAGAAAAUCACAGAGCUGGGUUAUUCUUGCUUCUAUAUUCAUGCUAAGAUGUUGCAAGAUCAUCGUAACAGAGUAUUUCAUGACUUCCGAAAUGGUGAAUGCAGGAAUCUCGUCUGUACUGAUUUAUUUACAAGAGGAAUAGACAUCCAAGCUGUCAACUUGGUUGUAAAUUUUGAUUUUCCCAAAAGUUCAGAAACUUAUCUGCACAGGGUGGGUCGCUCAGGAAGAUUUGGACACCUCGGAUUGGCUGUGAAUUUCAUUACUCAUGACGACCGUUUCAACUUAUACAGGAUUGAGCGAGAGCUUGGUGCCAAGAUAAAUCGGCUUCCUCAUCUUAUUGGUCAAGCUACAUUCUACAGUUGAGAGCUGGCAAAAUUGUUGUGGUGGGGUGAUUUCCAUGCCUGCAACCUAAUCAAGGGCGGAGUCAGCUGCAGUCACCAGAGGGAAUCAGGGUUCUGAAUUAGUCAAGUAAUUGGUAAACGUAAGGCGCUGUAUUUAUAGAACGCACAACUGGAAAUGUUAGUGGCUUCUCUCUUUUCCUGCUUUAUGAAUCUUGUCUAAUGCAUCUUUAACAUGGCAUUUGCAUUAUGUGGUAGCAAUUUCGUGUAAACUAAGAUCGUAUUGAUCAGUGAUGAGCCUUCAGGUUGAAUGAUUA